CCAGUGUGCGUCUCGUCUAAGUGACUUGAAUAUUUCAGAAUUUUCAUCAGUCCAAUUAAGAUUUAUUGGUGCGCGGAUGUGUGAUCAUGACUACCGAGAAAGGCGAAGGUUCGAACUUCGAAGCCGCAUUAGAGAGAACUGGUAAUGGACUGUACAAUAUCUUAUUGGUGGCGACCUGUAGCCUCAUCCUGCUGGGCAUCGGAGUGGAUCUCUUCGGCUUCAGCUUGGUGGCCGUGGCUGCUUGCGACCUGGAUAUAACCGUCACGCAAAAAGGCAUUCUCACUUCACUGCCUUUUAUUGGAAUUCUUCUAGUCUCCUACCCUUGGGGCUAUAUCUCGGAUACGAAAGGGCGUCGUUUCUCGCUUAUAUUAUCUGUGCAAGUAGCCUUCGUGCUGUCCUGUGCUGCCAGUUUAGCUACAAAUUGGAUCUUUUUGGGGCUGAUAAAGUUUAUAUCAGUUUGCUUUUCCUGUGCAGCGAAUUCAGCAUCCUACACUCUAGUCGGAGAGUCAUGUAUCCAGAGGGUGAGAGGGAAAUAUAUGCUGAUUAUUACUUGUCUGCUGAUCCUCUCGCCGGGAAUUGCAGCAAUUCUGUCUUAUCCUACGCUCAUGCUGUCUUUCAAUGUGGAUAUACCCUUUUUAGGGAUAACAUUUACCCCAUGGAGACUAUUAAACAUUGUACUGGCAAUACCCGCUGGAAUAGGCGGUGUUGCUAUUUGUUUCUUCCACGAAUCUCCCAAAUUUCUGGCAAGCUGCGGUAGAAAGGAAGAGGCUUUACAUGUACUGAAAUCCAUUUAUUCUAUCAACCAUGGCCGGAAUAAGCAUGACAUUGAGCUCUCCUCUCUAGUCUUUGAGGCACCAGUGGUUAAGAAGCACAAGUCCCUCUUCCACGCGAUGCAGGAGCAGAGCGCCCCUCUCUUCAGAAUCCCGUUGCUGUGGAGAACCCUGCAACUGUUCUACAUUGUCUUCGUUGUGUACAUUACCAACAACAGCUUCUUGAUCUGGCUGCCUUAUGUGCUUAAUCUUGUGCGAUCGUCACUCGAGACCACGAAUGAAUUUGGGAACCUCUGCCAACUGGUAUCUAAAAAGGAUGAUAUGCCUCUGUUAACGAAUGAAACUAUUUUCGAAAAUGCUACAAAUUCGGAGCCGAUAUGCCUUGGCUACAUCGAAGAGAACACCAUCUUCACUCUUGUGAUCUCGCAGUGCAUCUUCGCUUUUCUCAACUUUAUCAUCUCUCACCUCAUGGCUUGGAGGAAGAUUGUGCUUUUGACCAUUCUCUGCUUGUCGGCGAUCAGUGGGCUUGCUGUUAAUGUCAUGCCCGAACCAGUAUCUGCUGUUAUAUUCUUCAUGGCAUUUACUGGUACUAAUUUGGGGAUGGGAAUUUUGGCGUCGUAUUUUGUGGAUUUGUACCCUACAUCUUGUCGAGGCAUGGCGACGUGCCUGAGCAUCAUGGUGGGCAGAACUAGCACGUUCAUCGGAAUCAACGUGGUUGGCAAUAUCAUCUUUAGUCACUGUCACUUAACUUUCUACUUCUGGUCUUUUCUUGUGUUCAGUAGCAUGUUUGCAGCAUGGUUCCUUCCAUCGGAUAAAAUGAAACAGCUGUCUCGUUAAUCUGCACUCUUCUCUCAACUUAUAGAAACUUACUAUAGGUGCAAAUAUGCAAUGAAAUAUGAUUAUGUAAUUUAUUCUAGAACAAACGAUGAAAAAUCGUUAAAUGUAAUAAAUGAUGCUGUAUUAAACGAGCUGCCAUAGAUAAGUUUUACAAACAAAUGUAGAUUUGAAAGUGUGUAUUAUUUUGUUCUACAAUCUGCUUUGUUAAUAACAAUAUUAGAAAAUAUUAAUAUCUUGGCUAUUACCAAGCUGUAUAGUAACUACUACACAGACUACACUACUGUGCGGCUGUUGACUAGAAAACUACUCAUACAUAUUUUUUUUUAUAUGUCACAGUCGGCAAUGGAGCUGGUAGGACGCCUGAUGGUAAGCGCUGCGACCGCCCAUGAACAUUUGGAGAGGCGUAGGGUCGAUUGCACACUUUACGCCUCUACAAAUAGAUUGCCGACUUUAAAUUGGGAAGGGAAUAAAAAAGGAUUGUCGAGAGGAAUAAAGGUAAGGUCUGGGAAGGUUAAGGAAAAGUUUAUGGACCUCCGGCUCCCCCACUCAUCGAACGAAACACAGCAGAAUGCUAUUUAAAUAAGAUGAUCGCUCUUUUGAAGUAGAGACACAAAUAUAUUGGCGUAGCUAUCAUGGAAUCUCUUUAGCUUAAUUAAUUUAUGAUAUAUCAAGGUAUCUAGAUGUAACUAACUCAUUAUAUAUAUAAGAAAAAAUAUGUUUCGAUUAAAAAUCAUCUAUAGUUUUGUGAAAGAUAAAGCAUGCAACGAAAAAUCGAUUUUAUAUAUAUUUUGUAUGAGAAAAGACGUGUUAAUUUUACAUAGUGAUACUUCGAGUGUGCAAUUUGUCUGUGAUUUUAUUUUAUUUAAUAGGAUAUAAAAGAAACGAGCCAUUGAAUUAUUACAAUGUAGUAUUAAUGAAUCACUCGUGUAAGUUAAUUCAAUUGUUAUAGAAGGAAUUAACAGCCUUUUAUUAAGUUAAUUUAACUU